ACAGUCCGGAUUCCUACUUGGGUCGUAUCAGCUAGAUCAAAACAUGGCGUUCCCGAGAGAUGAGAUGAUGUUGUCAGGGGAAACUGAUGAUGAAGAAACGUUGGAGAAUCUAGUUGAGCCAGAGAGUGUGAGAUGCAGUUGCAGAGGGAAGUGCGCUAGAGUGAGACGUGAUGGACGAGGCUGCGAGUGCAAAGCGGCAGGUGCGCACUGUGUGAGUGUAUGUUCUUGCAGACCUGAGAUAUGCAGGAAUCGCGGAGAGAGUUGUCGAGGAGAUGGCAGUCAUGCAGGUGUAUUAGUUGGUCCUCCCAGAGAAGUGGCUCCUUCUGCUGAUGAAAUUGAGAUGUCAAAGCUGUCUGCAGUCCAAGUUUCUCCAUCCUAGGUGAUUUCAGUUCAGUCUCUCUCUUGUCAACAAAUUGAACGUCUACAACUUUUCGUGUGACAAUGUCCAUAAGAGAGUACACACAAUAUUUUGCACUGAACCCUGGUGAGUCACAGCGCCCAUCACCAGCAAGAACUACUGGUCGAUCUCCAAUAUCGGCGAGGAUUGCAUUUCUGGAUGUUUCCCAAUGUUCCACAACAGAUAGACAUAUAUAUAUAUAUAGGCGCUGAAUGCAAUCGAAAGUUGACUGUGAUAUAGAAUUCAAUCUAAAGAACUGACACAAGAGACUAAUUUUUGAGUUGUUUCCAGACAGAAAAACUGAAGCAGCAAACAAAAGAUUAUUUAUGAAGAAUGGGUAUCCAUUUUGAGAUUUGCAUCGUGCAGAACUACUCCAUGAGCCUUGGUGGAACUUCUUGCAGUGCCAUUGCAAUGUCAAUGUGCUGCCAAUAUGCUUCUUCUGCACCGAUAUCUCUUCCCAACAGAAGGGAUAUCUGCACGUUUUUCCAAGCAACUGCAAUAUGCAAUCUUCAUCACACACAACCCUGGGUAACUUCAGCCUAUUCUCAAGAUCAUUUUCAAAGAUAGUGAUAGGUGUUAUUGCUAUUGGCUGCACUGAGACACGUACAACAGGAAUAGCUCCAGAAGAUGGACUUGAGGUAGGCAUCUGUCCACCUGAAUCUUUGUCACUAAUUCCAAACU